CGUUCCUUCCUUCCUGCUGCUUCCGCACGUUUCGCGAUAUGGGGCAGAGCCUCUAAUCCGCUCGCACCUGCUGAGGAUCCUGGAAACCGUGUCCGUGAUGGAAGAGGACCAGGAACUGGAGAGGAAGGCAAUAGAAGAACUGCUUAAGGAGGCGAAACGUGGGAAAACUAGAGCAGAAACCAUGGGACCUAUGGGCUGGAUGAAGUGUCCUCUUGCUGGGACGAAUAAAAGAUUUCUGAUUAACACAAUUAAGAACACAUUGCCCUCCCAUAAAGAGCAAGAUCAAGAACAAAAAGAGGGCAGUAAGGAGCCUGCGAAAAGCCAGGACAGGAAAGAAGAAAGCCCUAAGAAGCACAGAAGCCAUCCUUACAAGCACAGCAGCCGCUCUCGCGGCUCCUCUCCACCCAGGAAGCGGAGCACCCAAGACAAGUAUGAAAAGCGUCCCAGCCGGCGGCGGUGAGGCGGGGGGCAGACGGCCAG